AGCAACUUAGAAUUUAGAAGAGACCAGGAAGACUCAAACUUCAAAGGACCAUGACUCUGAAAUUGCCGCGAAGUACACUAUUAUUCCCCUUUGUCUGGAACAGGAUAAAGUUUUAGUGCUGUUGUGUACUUGUUGUGUUGUUCACCUUCUCUGUCUUUCGGCGAAAGCCCCCAACGGAGACCCGAAAACAAAAAAAAAAAAAAAAAAACCUUCUUGUUCAUGUCUCGGAUCACGUGAUUCGGAUCCACUUGACCCGUUUGAAGAAUCUCGCUCCUGUUCGAUCUGGUUUCAGCUUUUUCCGACACCAUGACCCGGCGAUGCUCGCAUUGCAGCCACAAUGGCCAUAAUUCCAGGACCUGCCCCAACCGCGGAGUCAAGCUCUUCGGGGUCCGAUUAACCGAUGGGUCGAUCCGGAAGAGUGCUAGCAUGGGCAAUCUCAGCCACUAUUCCGGGUCGGGUUCAGCUUCCGGGGCUCACCAUCCGGGUUCUCCCGAUGACACUCCCGAUCACGCUGCCGCCGAUGGUUACGCCUCAGAAGACUUUGUUCCUGGCUCCUCUUCAACCUCUCGCGAACGAAAGAAGGGUGUCCCGUGGACUGAGGAGGAACAUAGAAUGUUUUUACUUGGAUUGCAGAAGCUUGGCAAAGGUGAUUGGCGUGGAAUUGCACGGAAUUAUGUUGUAUCAAGGACACCAACGCAAGUGGCCAGUCAUGCUCAAAAAUAUUUCAUCAGGCAAAGCAAUGUGUCUAGACGGAGAAGACGUUCUAGUUUGUUUGAUAUUGUUGCAGAUGAAUCAGCCGACACGCCAAUGGUACAGCAAGACUUCUUGCCAGUUAAUCAGCUACAGGCUGAAACAGAAGGCAAUAGCCCCUUGCAUGCUCCUCCAGCCCUUGAUGAAGAGUGCGAAUCCAUGGAUUCCACAAACUCAAAUGAUGGGGAAUCUGCCUCACUGAAGCCAGAUAGCUCACAAUCAUCAUACCCAGCGCUAUAUCAUUCAUAUUAUUCUCCUUUCUUCCCAUUUCCUCUGCCCUAUUGGUCAGGACACAGUCCAGAGCCUACUAAGAGGGAGACACAUGAAGUGCUGAAGCCAACUGCUGUACAUUCUAAAAGCCCAAUCAAUGUUGAUGAACUGGUUGGCAUGUCAAAACUGAGUUUAGGAGACUCUAUUGGUGAUUCUGGCCCCUCCUCUCUGUCCGUAAAACUCCUUGAAGGACCUUCUAGACAGUCAGCUUUUCAUGCAACUCCAGCAUGCACUAGUUCAAACAUGAAUGACAGUGCAAUCCAUGCAGUUUAAGGGCCCCUUGUGCCAUGUAAUGGACUGUCCUGUAAGCAUAUCUAUCAAUAUAGUAAUCAUAAAUGUGAUCAUGUGUUCAUCAUAUAUCUUGUGGGAUAAAUAAUUUUUCCUUUUCCCUUUUACAGUCAUUAGUUUAGUUAUUCUCUGAUGCUAGUAGGCAGCAUGUAGGAGUUACUUGGGUCUAAACUAAAACUUUAUGUUUGUUCAGUUAUUUUAGUUCUCAGGGUUAUGUAAAAUUGAUUUUGCAGGAUGACAAUAUACUAAGUUGUGUUUAGUCUCUAAUAUAGCAAACAA